CACAUCCCAGUUCUCACAGCGCUUCCUGUGUUUACAUGCUCUGAUUCAAGAGAAAUGGAAUUGAUACGAGUGCGUCUGAAAUCGCAAUAUACACUAAAAGUAUGCUUUUAAUUAUUAUUAUCUCGAGCACUUAAAGUGUCACACUGGCAAAGCCAGGCCUGUUUGUGUGUCUCCCUGAAGAAUCUCAAUAUGGAUAACCGCUGUUACGGCUGUGCAUCAAAGUUCACUCUCUUCAGAAAAGAGUUGGGUUGUAAAAACUGCGGCCAUUCUUUCUGCUCUGGAUGUCUGACAUUCAAUGCUGUGGUGCCAAAAUAUGGAAACAGCCAGCAGAAAGUCUGCAAACAGUGUUAUGGAAACUUAACAAGUUCAGGCAACCAGACUGAUGCUGCUGGCAGAUGGUCCCCACCUGAAAACUACAAAAAGCGAGUUGCUGCUCUUGAAGCCAAACAAGCUCAGCAGAAUCAGCCUUCCAGACCUACAGGAGCAAAAAGCAGCUCUGUGAGUCUGAUUUCUACCAGAGGACUCAGUAAAGAGGACCAGAUCAUCGCAGAACGACUCAACAAGCUGAGAGAGGAAACCAAGCCAAAGUCCAUACCGUCAGAGAAGGAGCUGGAGUCUCGUCUCGCUGCCUUAAAGGCCCCGAUUCAGCCGGUGCCGUCUGCUAAAGACAUGGAGGAGCGUCUGGCUGCCUUACAGGGACGACCGUCGCCCUCUCAAGCCCCACAGCCUGUUCAUCAGCCGCCCGACGGCAGAACUCAGACAGAACAGACCAAUGAUUUGAUCACCCAGAUGACGGAGGAAGUUGCUAUUGAUAACCAGCAUCCAUCUUCAGAGGAUACAGACGAACCAUUAAACGAUCUUAAUAAACAAGAGGGCGGGGGUGUGAAUGAGAACGUGGAUGACGGCGAGCUGUCAGUCAAACAGCUGGAGGCGGAGAAGAGCCGUGUGCUGGAGGAGGCCAUGCAGGAGCUGAAGAAAGACAAACACAACCAGCAGCAGAUGCUGGAGAUGGCCAAGAGACUGGCUUUACUGCAGGGACGGGAUCCUGAGCAGGUCGGACAGUCAGAUUUCCAGCAGCCUGACAGUGAUGAGGAGACGGAGGAAGAGGCCAUCAGCAGGGUGAUGAAGAAGUUAUCAGAGGAGGCGGCUCUAGACGAGGCCAGCGGCUACAACAUCCCUCCCGAGCUCAGCGGCCCGAUGAACAGAGAGAAGGACACGUCCGGCAGGAGACCGCUCUCAGCGCCGCGGUCUAAAUCGAAGCCGGCGGCUGCUGUCUCGCAGAUCCGGCGACUGAACGAUGGAGAUAGUGAUGAGGAUGAGGAUGAUGAUGAAGAGCUGCCGUGGUGCUGCAUCUGUAAUCAGGACGCCACUGUUCGCUGCCACACGUGUGAGCGGGAUCUGUACUGCGCACGCUGCUUUAGGGAAGGUCACGACAAAUACGACCGAAAAGAGCAUCGCACCUCCUCAUAUACGGCCCCUAAGAAAGGCAAGAAGAAAACCUGAGACCUCCACGAGCGGCCGUAUGAUUCAGCUGAUUUAACUUAUUUAAUCAUAGCCAACAGAAAAUAAUAAUGUCGCUUCAAUAUGCAUCUGCCAACGCAGCAGCCUUAGACUCAAGACUGUUCAAAGAUUGUUGGAAGCUUGAGAAAUGAUUGGUUUGGAUCAGCUUUACAGGCUCAGACUGUAAUAUGACUGUCUGUAAAUAUAAAACUGGACUUAAAACAUCAAUAAAACACUUGAACGGACAGCAGGUCAUGUGCUCGAGAGAACUAGUUAUUGUUUUAUGAUUUACCUGCAUCUGAUGUUUGUGUUUUGUCAUUAUAUCUGUUGUAAAGCAACUCACUCUCAUUCAUUACACACAUUUGCUAUACAAUAAUCUCUAAUUGCAUUAUAACGAAUGCAUUCAUAAUUCUGAAUGUCUCACAGAAGGUUUUUUUGAAUGCUGUCGUGUCUGAACUCAUAAACGCUCACGCUUCUAUUGGAUUCUCUUCUGAGCAGCUCUCGUCUUUGCUGGUAUUUCCAUGUUGUGAUGAAUAAUUGAGGCUGAGAGCGCUGUCGGAGACGUAUGACAGGAAGUACAUUAGUGUUUGAGAGCCAUAUACUGACAUUUAAGACGCCACAGUACUCUAUCGUCUUGUACUUACUGUGUUUAUUGUGGGUUGUUUAUUUGUUGGCAUCAGCUUUGGCAGAGAUAACAAAAAGACUAGAUUCAAAUAAAUGGAGAAAAAUUAAA